AUGUCGCGGCAAGUGCUGCUGCUUGCAGCGGUGCUGCUCGGCCUCAGCUGCUGUUGGCUGGGCCCUGUGGGGCCCGCCGUGGCCAGCCUUGAGGCCAAGGCGUCUGACACGCUGGCCUCGCUGCAAACUGGUGUCGCGGGGGUGUUGGCCUUUGUUUUCGCUGCCGUGAUGAGCCUGAUGGUGCGUUUCAUCCCGGGCCUGGCUGUGGUUCUGCUGGGAUACACGGGCUACCGCCUCUAUGCGGCCAAUGCCCUCUACAACAAGCGCACCCUCGCUGGCCUAGCCGUGGCCGCUGGACUCACCUUUGGGCUCAUCUUUUUGGGCGCCCGCUUGCGGGCUGCAGCCGAUGGCGCCGGCGCCACAGGGAGCCUGGACGCCUCUGGGAACGUGGUGCGCAGCGGGGAACUGGUACUCCUCCGGAACGGUGAGGUGGUGACGCGCGCGGACCCUCGGCAGGGGCCGGAGGCUGCUGCAGGCCCGGGCUGGCAGGAGGCGCUGGCGGCAGCCAUCCAAACGGCGCUGGUCUCCGGCCAGGAGCAGGUGGUGCUCGAGUUCUCGCGGCCCGGUUGCACCUACUGUGCAAAGAUGCUGCCGGUUCUGCAGGCGGUGGUGCGGGGCCGUGCGGCGGCCACUGGCGCGCUGGCGCCGGGCCUCGCCUUUGCAGCGCCCCGGAACUUGGCGCUGGCGCCGCUGCGAGUCUUCCUGCUGGACGCGGAGGAGUUCCCUCAGCUGGCGCAAGGAUUUCAGGUGCAGGCCUUCCCCACCCUGUGGGUCUUCGGACAGCCCAAGGUGGACCCCAUUGUGGCGAAGGGGUUUCUGGAACAAGCACAGCUGGAGGAGAUUUUGCAGAUGGAAGCGAUGAAGAAGCCUCCGCCUGAGCCAAAGAAGGGCCUGGCGCGACUCUUCCGGUGA